ACACUUAACAAUAGAUGAUCGGUAAAACGCGUGGUACAUUAGAUUUUCCUUCCUUAUUUCUGUUCACUCACUUCCUACAUUUAACAUGGUGUAAACCCUGUACAAUUUGGAAAUAAUAUUAUUUGUUUGAAAGCGUUAAAAUGGCUGUGAUACUUGUUGCAGUGCGGUAACGCGUGGUUCCCUCCGCUGAAAGGGCGAGAGGGGAGGAGUGAGCCGGUUGUGAAAACAUAGGGCGUAUGAGGAAGUUGUAAUACACGGUGAAUAACAAGAACAACAAUACAGACUCUGCCAAGUUCAAAAUGCCCGCAAUGAAAGUCUGCAUCGUGGGAUCUGGAAACUGGGGCUCUUCCAUUGCCAAAAUAAUCGGUCGCAAUGUGAAAGCAUCUAACCGGUUCAACCCCAUAGUGAACAUGUGGGUUUAUGAAGAGAUGAUCGAUGGGAAGAAGCUCACAGAGAUCAUCAACACGGAGCACCAAAAUGUCAAAUACCUACCAGGCCACACUCUGCCCCGGAAUGUGGUCGCGAUUCCAGAAAUCACAGAAGCUGUCAAAGGAGCAAAGAUCCUGGUCUUCGUCAUCCCUCACCAAUUCAUCAGCAAACUGUGUGACCAGAUAAAACCUCACAUCAUGGAGGGAACCAUCGGGAUAUCGCUCAUCAAAGGUAUCGAUGAGGGGCCGGAGGGACUCAAGCUCAUCUCGGACAUCAUCCGGGAGAAACUGGAGAUUGAGGUCAGCGUCCUGAUGGGCGCCAACAUCGCCAGCGAGGUGGCGGAUGAGAAGUUCUGUGAAACCACAAUCGGUGCAAAGAACGAGGCGAACGGCCUCGUCUUCAAAGAGCUGCUGCAGACUCCCAACUUCCGCAUCACGGUCGUAGAGGAGAGCGACACGGUGGAGCUGUGUGGCGCUCUCAAGAACAUCGUGGCGGUGGGCGCCGGAUUCUGCGACGGCCUGGGUUUCGGCGACAACACCAAGGCGGCGGUGAUCCGGCUGGGCCUGAUGGAAAUGGUCGCCUUCGCCAAGUUGUUCUGCAAAGGCCAGGUGAGCUCCGACACCUUCCUGGAGAGCUGCGGCGUGGCCGACCUCAUCACCACCUGCUACGGCGGGCGCAACCGCAAAGUGGCGGAGGCCUUUGUGGUAACGUCCAAGAGUAUUGUUGAGCUGGAGGCUGAGAUGCUCAACGGGCAGAAGCUGCAGGGCCCUCAGACCUCCGCUGAGGUCUACAAGUUCCUUCAAAAGAAGGACUUGGUCAACAAGUUUCCACUGUUUUCCGCGGUCUACCACAUCUGCUUUGAGGGCAAAGAGGUGAAGGAGUUCAUCACCUGUCUGCAGAACCACCCGGAGCACAUUUGAUGAGCCCGUCGACCGUGUUUACGGGCGCUGCGGUGAUGGCGAGGUACCACCACUAGAGGGUGCAAGAGAUGCAUCGCAUAGAAUACGCACAGCACAACAAAAAGAGAUCCAACACUCUGACUUUCUAUUGUUGGCGUAUCGUAAUGGGUCCCAUUUUUCUCCGAGCUUUAAAAGCACAUUUUUAAAGAUUUUUAUUUUGUGCAAUAGUAUUAGCAUGUAUCAAAUUAUAUCGCUCCUUUUUUUAAAAAAAAGGCAAUGCACUCCAUUUAUUGUAUCCCUAAAAUAAUGUCAAAUUUGUCAUUACGUUGUUUUCUCAAUAAAAUCAAUUCAUAAGAAACUGAAAA